CUUGCCAUAGUAGGAUAUGUAAUUUCACCACCCGCAUAUUGUUUUAUCUGAAACGAAGCGUACUUACUCUUUGUUCAUCAAAAGAUUGUAGGGACAGAAAUCACAGUGUUGCCUGUGUUCAAACGUUGUUUUAUUUAUUUUGUACCAUCUGAAAUGGGCGAGAAAACACUGGAAAUUCUUUAUAAUCGCUGCUGGUCUUUUCUAGCGGGUGUACCGUAUAAAGACGCUCAUAAACCCUUGUCCAGGAAAUAAAGAGCCAUGGAAAAUAGUUAAUCGUUAAUUCUGUAAUAACCGAAGAAAAGGACCGUAUUUAUGGUGUGCUGGGAAAGUUUACCGAGGAGCUCCGUGAUAACAGCGCCGCCCGGCAGACAUGAGCAGAGCCCAUUCUGCAGAAAAUGAGGAUUGGACGUGAGCUACGUGCGCAUCCAGGAGCAGACGACAUGACAUGGAGAGACUGCAAAACACGGACCUUUUAAACACACACGGACGCCAGAGGAUCUGUUCACCGCAAGAGAGAGUCGCCAGUGGCUGUUGUGAGUCCCACGCGGUGAGUUCAAUGGUUCUGAACGCCACCACAGCAGAGGAGCUGCUGGCAGGACAUGCGUCUACAUCUGGACCCGGGAUCAAGCUUUUGGAGGAGUCCAAGAGCGGCUUGCCUUUGUAUAAUGGCGGAGGAAUGGUAUCCCCUUCACCUACAGCAGAAGAAAGUUAUCAUGAUGCGCCUGCGCAGACGCAAAGUGGGUGUUUACAUCUAAAUAGACUAGUGGAGACCCCCAAUGGGGGCUUCACGGGUAAUGGGGACAGGCCUUUGAAGAAGCCUUGUGGAGAUGUGCGAUUCAGACAACUCCUCCACCAGAGGAGAAAAGAUGAGGAAAACAGAGACUUCGGGGCCCAUGGUGGUUUACCCACAACGGGAACUGGAUCUAGCGGUUCUUCAGAAACGUCCCAUGGACCCCACCCUCCACUUGAAUGCAAAAGGAGGAGGCUUGAAACGGACUCCAAAACAGACUCUAGUAAAAGCACAUGGGCUGUUACACCCCUUACAACCAAUUGCCAACACAAAAAUGGUGGCGUUCCCAGCUCCUUGUCAUCCCCCAGUUGGGUCCAUCACAAUGGGCACAAAGUUACAGGGAACCAUGCGUCCCCUGGACAGGCCGAGGUGCGGUCCACGCCGCCCGUGGUGGCCACCAGUGCAGAAUGGUCUCCAGAGCACAUGGCUCAGCAGUACAUAGUUCCUUGUAUGAAGUUUUAUGGCAUCUGUGUCAAAGAUGGCUUCUUGGGCGAUCGACUGGGCAGUAAGGUUCUGGAGGAAGUGGAGACUCUAAAUCACAGCGGGAAGUUUAGAGGAGGCCAGUUGGUCAGCCAAAAAAACAUCCCAUCUAAGAACAUCCGGGGAGACCAGAUAGCCUGGGUCGAAGGCAACGAGCCGGGCUGCGAGAACAUCGGGACCCUCAUGGCCCACUUUGAUGAGGCCAUCAUGCGCAGUGCGGCCAAUGGACAGCUGGGGAAUUAUGUCAUAAAUGGCCGCACCAAGGCCAUGGUUGCAUGUUAUCCUGGAAAUGGAGCAGGAUAUGUGCGACAUGUGGACAAUCCGAACGGCGACGGACGCUGCAUAACCUGCAUCUACUAUCUGAACAAGGACUGGGAUGCUAAGGUUCAUGGAGGUCUAUUGCAGAUCUUCCCUGAAGGUCGUAAUGUUGUAGCCAACAUCGAGCCUUUCUUUGACCGUCUGCUCAUUUUCUGGUCAGAUCGCCGGAACCCACAUGAGGUGAAACCAGCUUUUGCCACUCGCUACGCCAUCACCGUUUGGUACUUUGAUGCAAAAGAGCGGGCUGAAGCUAAGGAGAAGUACAGACUGGCUACUGGACAGAAAGGAGUUAAAGUGCCCGUCACUCAGAGCAGCAAGACCUGAAUCAGUAUACGAGUGAACACGAGUGAAAUGUGUCCCGUCGAUGUGUGUGGCGCCGUUUUCAAGAGGAGAUGCAAACGGCCCAACAAUCACGUCUCUUUCUGUGGCCUCGAACAUCCAACAAAACGUUUGAUUUGAUCGGGACUGUCUUUAAAUGAACAGCAUAAACCGAUAUAUCUCAGACUCGAUGGCCAUGACUCUGAAACCCUAGCAGGAUUGGCCAUCUUUUCUACAGCAGAAACGUCACAAACAAACAUGCGUUACUUUAGUAUUUUGACGUAUAACUGUAUUUAAUAAGAAUUACAGUUUCUAAAAUCAGCCUACGCUACACCUCUGUGUGUAAGUGGGUAGAUGAGAUUUUCCAGUGGCCUUUGUCAUUUCCUGUUUAGCCCCAUGAAUGUGUAACCAGCUUAACACAGAGAUCUGACUUACGCCAAAGCUCAGCUAGAUCAUGGAAACUGACAAAAUAACCAACAAUCACAUUAUACACCAAUGCUUCAGUGGACACAAUCCCUUACAAUUGAGCCUGAGCACUAGGAAACAUUUAGGGUGAAUUCAUUUGCAAAGAACAGCGCCCUCUGAUGGCGUAAGUUUUCACGCAAUGCUUUGCUGCAGGAAUUACGCAAAUCCGGUAGCCUGGAAAGCAAUUCGCUCGCCAUGGUUUCUCAGUUUGCAGCAGACUUUAGGGCCGAUAACAUAGGAUGUAGUUUUGCACUGUUUUUUGAUAGUUGUCUUUGCCAGUUCUUCACAUCUAGGUGUAUUUUCUCUGUGUAGUUUCGCUCCAGGAGAGUUGUGCUUUGAAGACGAUGCCUAAAAUAAAAAACUAAUUUAACUUUAA